AUGUUGUGUCAAGCACCAACACUACUACUCUUCUCCAAACCCAAGACCACUUCUCCCUUCUCAUCUCCAUCUUCACUCUCCCAGACCACUACUCUCACCGCCACUUCCUCCGCCUCCUCUACCCCACCCCAUUCUCCUCCCCUUCUUCCACCAUUCACCUCAACUUCAUCUUCUGUAACCUUUCCAAACCCGACCAACACCUUCUCAUCCCUCUCGAAACUCCUCCGCCACAACGACAUCAUCAUCCUCAACAACUGCACCGAGAACAUGAACUCCGGCAAAACCUACACCUUUUUCUCCUCUCUCCCCCACAUCCUCCCCCACCCUUACGACUACAUCAUGAAAGCCGACGACGACGUCUUCUUCCAACUCCCUAACCUCGCCGCCUCUCUCCUCCCUCUCCCCCGCCGUGAUCUUUACUACGGCUUUGUCAUCCCCUGCGCCAGCAAAGAUCCAUUCAAAGACUACAUGUCCGGAAUGGGCUAUGUUCUAUCUUGGGAUUUAGUGGAGUGGAUAUCAGUGUCGGAGAUCCCCGCCGGCGAGGUUGUUGGGCCGGAGGAUAAGUUGGUCGGAAAGUGGUUGAAGGUGGGUGGGAAGGGGAUGAAUAGGUAUAGUGAGAAGCCGGGGAUGUAUGAUUAUCCAGGGAAGCAAUGGGAAGUGUUCGCAUGAGCUUAUUCCGGCGACGGUGGCCGUUCAUCGGCUGAAGAGAAGAGAACAGUGGUUGCAUGUGCUUAAAUUUUUUAAUGUUACUUCUCAACUUCAACAACCUUCAAAACUCUACCAUCUUUGAUCUUUGA